AUGGUUUCACUGUUUAAUAUUACCCUUGUUGGUCUUUUACUAAUUUUCGUCGCUAUUAUUCAAGCUACACCAGUACCUGAAACAUCGAAUGAUGUUAAUGAACAUAAAUCACCAAUAAGCAAUCAACAACUUUAUGAAUUUUAUAAAAUAAUUCGUGAAGAUCCUCGAUAUGCAAUGGUAUCAAAUAAAGAUAUUGUUGCAUAUAUCUAUCGAAAUUUAAUACUUGGAAAUGGUGAUCAAACAAAUUUCGUCAAGCCCAAAGAACAAAAACGUCCUCAACAACGACAUCAAAAAAUAGUUCAAAAUGAAUAG